UGAACAAUAGUGUAUCGUUGAGCAUUAUAAAAAGGCCACAGUUUUAGCAUUAGAAUUACAACAAACAAUAAGAGAAAAACAAUUUGUAUCUGAAGUACUAGAAACUCUUGUCUUUUAUUCAUGGGAAAGAUGUCUACACAUGAUAGUAUCAUUGUCAUUGCCAUAGUAACAAUGCUAUUGUGCGGCUUUGCUGAGGCAGAGACCUAUACUGUUGAAGAUAAAGCAAAAUGGAGCGAUUGGCCAAAUGGCAAAUCUUUCAAGAGCGGCGAUAUUCUCAUUUUUAACUAUGACCCUAGUGUCCACAAUGUGGUGAUUGUGAGCAAGGAAAACUAUAAUUCAUGCACAAUUUCUGGAACGAUAUUAAACUCGGGGCACGACAACGUUACAUUGACAAGUGGAACUAACUACUUUAUUUGUGGUGCCGAGGGUCAUUGUAAAGGAGGGAUGAAAAUGGCUAUCACUGCCACUUGAUCAAUUGUUAUUCAUACAUAUAAUAUAUUUUUAAUUAAGCACUCAAAUUUCCAUGAUAUGUAUUAAAAAAUAGAUUAUGACAUGAAUAAAGAUUCAAAUAAAACAUAGAAAUAUUUUGGUUAUGUAAAAAACACAUUGUAUGAGGUAUUUAAUUAUUAAUAAAAAUGUGUUUUUAUUAUUUUA